CCCUCGGGCGGGAAGGGGGAAGCGCCGAGGUUGCCUGACUGGAAUGAGGGUAGCUGCGGCGACUGCGGCGGCGGGAGCGGGGCCGGCCAUGGCGGUGUGGACGCGGGCCACCAAAGCGGGGCUGGUGGAGCUGCUCCUGAGGGAGCGCUGGGUCCGAGUGGUGGCCGAGCUGAGCGGGGAGAGCCUGAGCCUGACGGGCGACGCCGCGGCGGCUGAGCCUGAACCCGCUCUCGGGCCCGCGGCGGCCGCCUUCAACGGCCUCCCGAACGGCGGCGGCGCGGGCGACUCGCUGCCUGGGAGCCCGAGCCGCGGCCUGGGCCCCCCAAGCCCACCCGCGCCGCCGCGGGGCCCGGCGGGCGAGGCGGGCGCGUCACCGCCCGUGCGCCGGGUGCGGGUGGUGAAGCAGGAGGCGGGCGGCCUGGGCAUCAGCAUCAAGGGCGGCCGCGAGAACCGGAUGCCGAUCCUCAUCUCCAAGAUCUUCCCGGGACUGGCGGCCGACCAGAGCCGGGCGCUGCGGCUGGGCGACGCCAUCCUGUCGGUGAACGGCACCGACCUGCGCCAGGCCACCCACGACCAGGCCGUGCAGGCGCUGAAGCGCGCGGGCAAGGAGGUGCUGCUGGAGGUUAAAUUCAUCCGAGAAGUAACGCCAUAUAUCAAGAAGCCAUCGUUAGUAUCAGAUCUGCCAUGGGAAGGUGCAGCUCCCCAGUCACCGAGCUUUAGUGGCAGCGAGGAUUCCGGUUCUCCAAAACACCAGAACAGCACCAAGGACAGGAAGGUCAUCCCUCUCAAAAUGUGCUUUGCUGCUAGAAACCUAAGCAUGCCGGACCUGGAAAACAGAUUGAUAGAGCUACAUUCUCCUGAUAGCAGGAACACGUUGAUCCUGCGUUGCAAGGAUACAGCCACAGCACACUCCUGGUUCGUAGCUAUCCACACCAACAUAAUGGCUCUCCUCCCACAGGUGUUGGCUGAACUCAAUGCCAUGCUUGGUGCAACCAGUACAGCAGGAGGCAGCAAGGAGGUUAAACACAUUGCCUGGCUGGCAGAACAGGCAAAACUAGAUGGUGGAAGACAACAGUGGAGACCUGUCCUCAUGGCUGUGACUGAGAAGGAUUUGCUGCUUUAUGACUGUAUGCCGUGGACAAGGGAUGCCUGGGCAUCACCGUGUCAUAGCUACCCUCUUGUUGCCACAAGGGAUCAGCCCAGGGAGGUGGUUCUCAAAUUAUACUUUCAUGGACCUCUGGGGAUUCCUUCUUCAGGGUGUCUGUUGGUUCAUUCUGGCUCCGGAUGUCGAUCACCCUCACUUGGAUCUGACCUUACGUUUGCUACCAGGACAGGCUCUCGGCAGGGCAUUGAGAUGCAUCUCUUCCGGGUGGAGACGCAUCGGGAUCUAUCGACCUGGACCCGGAUACUUGUUCAGGGUUGCCAUGCUGCUGCUGAGCUGAUCAAGGAAGUCUCUCUAGGCUGCACAUUAAAUGGCCAAGAGGUAAGACUCACUGUCCACUAUGAAAGUGGGUUCACUAUCUCUAGGGAAAAUGGAGGUUCCAGCAGCAUAUUGUACCGCUACCCCUUCGAAAGGCUGAAAAUGUCUGCUGAUGAUGGCAUCAGAAAUCUGUAUCUGGAUUUUGGUGGUCCUGAGGGAGAACUGACCAUGGACCUGCACUCCUGUCCGAAGCCGAUAGUAUUUGUGUUGCACACGUUCUUGUCGGCCAAAGUCACUCGCAUGGGACUGCUUGUAUGAGCAGCAAAAAAAUCAGUAAAGAGCCUUGAAUGUCACAAGAAGUAUUUCCACCUCAAAAAAAAAAAAAAAAAGAAAAGCACAAAAAGAAAGCUCUUUGCUCUCUCCUCCAGCACAGUGCCUUGACAAGGACCUGCAAAUCACUGCUGAACUGUAACCAUGUUUAAGGAAGAGCUUGCCUUUUUCAAGCUACCUUGCCAGAAAUUCUAGGACUCUAGUAAGCUCCAAAAUAAGGCUGUUGAUUUAUUGUCUAGUUUCCUAAUGUGGUUUCUAAGUAAUUAGGUUUAUUUCCCUUGAUAAGAAGGGUGGCUCAUUCUUUUUCUUUUUGGACAUAAUCAAACAUCUAAGAGUUUCUUUUUUUUUCUUUUUCUUCUUCUUCCAAUAGAAUUUGUUUCAGGCUUAGCCUUGAUCUUUUGCUAAGGACAACUGUCUCUUACCAGGUGCUAGUUUGCAGCAGCCCGUGCUUCUUGGUCACUCCAUAUAGUUUAUACAUUUUGUUGGAUUUUACUGUCCUCACUUACUCCUUCUACCCUAGGAAGUCCUUGAAUUGCAUCACCAAAGGGUUCUUCAUCUGUCAUGGCUCUCCCUGCAUCCCACCCUGGCCAUCACUUCCCACUGCAUCACAAGCUUUGCCACUCAUAAGUGCUAAAUUUAAGACUUAGAACUUGCAAGAUUUGAUUUACCUUGCCUUCCACUCCCUUUCUAGUAGUGACCAACUUGAAAAACAAGUUGGAAACCACUGCUUUGAAAGAAAAGUUUUGCUUGUUUUAGGAUUUUCUGAUUUUAUCUUUGGUAGGAGCCAGGGGAUAAGAUUUAUUUUAAAAGAAAAUCCUCAUUUUAGCCUAAGCCAUUUUUUAUUGCUUACCAAAUGUGCCUUUGGUUAGGGUUAGUGGAGCUUUAUUAGUUUGAAUGACUGGAUAUCACUGCCAUUCCAGGGAGAUCAUCUAUCUAAUUUUGAACAAUAAUUUUUGAGGUGGGUUUCCUUAGUAUGGUAUCUUUUUUAGUUGGCAGAUCUCUUUAAGGAAGACAAAUCCUGGAGAGCCAGCUUGUUUAAAGAGUGCACUUUGUCAGUGAAGCCAGCUCGCUUUUUAGCACAAACAUCAUGUCGCAUUGCUUUGAGCUGUGGGAGCCCAUGCAGGAUCCUGGCCCUGGCCCUCUCCCUCUGUGGCAGCAGAGUGGCAUCCGUCAGCAACUCUAAUUCAGUGCUGGCUCAGUGAUGCAUCCUACAGUGGGCAGGGUGAUGAGACCAUGGAACAGCUACCUGGGCUUUGCUAAGCAUUGCCAGAUAUCAUCAUUAGGACAUAGCAGCAGUAAGAUUGCUGAUUCAGUGGUACUGGAGAACUCAGCUUCUUUUUCCUAAUUAUGAAGGAGUAUAUAUCUGAAAACAUUUAAAAUAGUAUAAUAGCUAUAUAAAAUGUCAAGUUUAUCACAGUCCCCAGAUCUGAAAGAAAAGGCAACACUGACUUUGAUGUUCUCUCUGCUCUCUGAAGAAAGUUCUAGGAAUAGUUCUUAUUUACUAGAGUUAUCAGGAAUGCCAUAAGAGGACGUUAGCACUAUGGAGGGUGGAGAAGGGUAGCAGUCCAAAGAUGAAAAAGAAAAAAAAAACAAAAAACCCCACAAAUGUACUAUUUGCAAAGCAAGAGCUAUUUGGUUUGAGUACAGACUGACCUAUAGGUGGGACAUAUAAAAGAGCAGACUCAUGAGCAGAGAGAGUUCUAGGUGGACAUUGUAACCUCAUUGUCUUCCCUCUGCCCCAUAAAUGAGUUCUUCCCCCAGCUCCAGUCCCCAAAGUCUGAUCUACUUAAAACUGGAAAUUGAAAUCUAGACUAGAAUAUAUCUUUUAAGAGCUUUUUUAUGAUUUGAAAAUUCAUAAAUCUAAGUUUGGUUCCAUCUGGGAUACAUUUGCAAAUCAGAGAAGAAAGAAAAUAUCUUGAAGAUCCAGCUGUGAUUUCUGGAAGCAGAAUCUCAACACACAAUACCCUCAGAUAAGGGAACUUAGACACUUUUGGCAGUGAGAGUAUUAUUAAUCUGAGAAGUCGAACAAUGCAGUCACAGACUUUUGCAGCAAAGCCAUUUGGUGAGGUUUUCUGUGUUAGUAUGAAAGGCUAAGCCACUGAGAAUAUUUUCUGGGAGGACUUCUGAGCCACGGUGCUCAUUCCUUAUAUGAAAAAGAUCUGUUAAAAGGUAUGAUUAAAAUGUGGGCAGGAGAGGUAAGCAUUGUGUGCAUUUCGGCUCAUUUUGCUCAAGCUUUAGCUGUCAUAGCACCAAGAUCCAUAGGUUUCUAGUAUCUUUUGAGUCUUGAUGUGAAAUGAAAGUGUAUGGAGGGUUUCCUUUGACCACUAGCGCCCCAAGAGCAAGAGCCCUUCAGCUGCUUGUUUAACAUACUUCAGCAGCUCUCCAAUCAUGGGUGACCAGGUUGUUCUUUAAUUAAGUGUGUUUGUGGAAUUUUCAAACCACAAAUGUGCUUUUUAUGAAUGGGACAGCCUUGAUAAAUAGGUAUUUUGUAUUAAGACGCCAAAAUGUGGCAAAUUAUUUUCAAGUGAUAACUGAAGAGGGGCAUUUUUGAUAUUUCACAUCUUUUAUAGAACAGCUGACUUUUCAUUUCUUUUUCAUUUUGAAAUAGGAAAAUUGUUGAGAAUGUGGUGGGCUUCCGUGUGUAGAGUGGAAAGGAGCUGCAGAGUAGUGCCUCCUCAUUCCGAUGGACACUCCUUGUGCCCUCGGGACCCGGGGCUUAGACGUCUUCUCCACAUUCCACACAGAUGCCUACGAGCAGCCAAUUGGUGUGUGAAAAUUCUUCCUCCUCAUUCUCUAAAACGUCUCCGCUCCCUCUCCCCACCAAAAAAAAAAAAAAAAAAGGAAAGGAAGAAAAGGCUCAAUUAUACUUUUUCUGGAAAAGGUGAGUCCUUUCCUGAAGUCUUCAAACAAAUCUUACCUGGAAAUUAGUAUCUAAUAUUUUAUAUGAAGAAAUACUUUAAUGUAUGUUUAUACAGUAUUUAUUAGGUAGUUGUAACUAUAAACUCAGCUACCUAGUAGAGUUUCAGAUUAAAUAUUGGGACAUGUACAGGAAUCAAAAAUAUUACUUUAAAUGUCAUUCACCUAUUUUAAAGCCAUGUUUUAGCACUUCUUAGGCUAGCUAAAGUCUGAUAGUGCUUGUUUUUAUCAUCUGUGCUCUCACAAAGUUUGUUAUUGAAAAUUAUUGCAUGCAGGAGGGAUCAAAUUAUUUAUUUCUUAUAUUUUUAUAAGUGGAAAAAUCUCUCUAACCAACAAAUGAUUAAAGGUGUUACUGAUUAUUUUCUUAAUUUAUCCUCCUAACAGAAUGGUAACAAAGCUUUUUUCAGCCGAUUAAAUGCACUUAGCUAAUAAACCAAAAUUUACUCUUUAAAAAAAAUUUAAACUGUGUGGAAUCUGGACAAGACUAUGUUUCUCCUAGAAAAAACACAUUUCAUUGUAAAUGGUUUUGAUGGACAAAAGUGUGUCCACUUUUGAGAAAAGGUUAUAUUGGAUUUUUUAAAUUUUGAGACAACCUCCAGGUCUCCUUGUUUAAUUUAUAUCCAUAUUUUUAAUUCAAAUUAUCUUGUAAGCUGCUAUGCAAAAUCUGUUAAAAGCCCUACUUACUCAAAGAGUUAAACAUUUUUGAAGCUUUCAGGGAAGACCUGUAGACUUAAGCACUUUCUCUGCUUUUUUUGUAUCUUAGACACUUAUGCUGAAUUAUGUUCUUAUUAUUUUCACUGGUUAUAAGCUAUUGAUUGUACAUAAUAUUUAAACCAUCCAAAUAUCCAGCAUACAUUUCCAUGUCGCUGCCAUCCACUGUUGACGCCAUGAAUGAAAUGGCUGGUUAGAAAGCCAAAGGUCAUUUUUUUUCAAUAUCCAGUGAAGUAAAAUGCCGGAUCUCUUUGGUCUCAAAGCAUGUUGAGAUCUGCAUAUCUGCGUAAGGAAAAGAGACUUCUUUGGGAUUCUGCUUAAACUUUAAGUUGAAUUUGAUUAUAGUCAUAUUCAUUUGUUUUAUAUAUCUCUAUCAGGUAUAUUACGUGCCAGGUGGUAUUAUAUCCUACCUUGAGAUUGGAAAUCUCUUUCAUUUAAAUUUGAAUUCUUAUUGUGGCUUUUUUUUUUUUUUCUCCAUUAGAUCAAAGUAGAGGAAUCUGACAUCUGCUACCAUUCUCUCUGUGUCCCUAUUUUAAUUUUUUGGUAAUCUAGAAUUAUUUUGUUAUACAUACUGUCUUUAAAAACUGACAGCAGCAGUCCCCCAACACCUGCCCACCUUUUUAAGCUAUAUAUUUCACUGUGCUGGGCAUAGAGACAAUAAAUGUGUGAUGACAGACAAUUCUAAAAUAAUUAUGCUGUAUAUCAGGAUUACGUGUUUUUGAGCAAUAUAGCUAUUCCUAUGGUAUAAGGAUAUUCAGUGAAAUUUAUUUUACACUAGUAAUAGACUACUUAAGUGGUUGAUUUGAAACCCUUUCUCUAAAGCACACACAUACACACAUCUAGCAGAUCAGUGAUAAUUUCAAGUUAAAGUAAGGUACAAUUAAUAGACACAUAGAACACAUCUGUCUCUUUUUGACACUAGUUAAACUGCCAACUGGAAGAAUGGUUGUUAUGUAUUAACUUGAAAAAUAUUUUAACAAGAUUUCUUCUUUUAUAAACUUGAUAAACGUGAGCUUAAUUUCUUGUCACCUCUAUUCUUCCUUUCCAUUUUAGGUGACUGAACCAAAGCAUAUUCUGGUUUUAAAAGUGAAUCUACAUUUGAUGUAAUGCAUAAAUAUGCCGUUUGUAAAUGAUUGCUUGCUCUCCAAUGAACAUUUGAUUGUAGUCAACAAAAAUCUACCAAAUGAACUGUAAUCCUUGAAUUGCCACAAAAUACAUUGGUUGAAACUAAAAGGAUAUAACAGAGAAAUGACACUUCAUUUUAUUGUAAGAUUAGGUAUUCUGGUAGAUUUCUAACUUCUGAGUCCUAUAAGUACUUUACUCAGUUUUGUAAUAAUCUUACCUCCCUGCCAUUGACACAAAUGCAAAAGUUUUUGAGUCCCUCUUUAUCCUAGUCACAUGUACACCUUUGGAACUUGAUUAUCACCUCUUCCAAAGUGAUAGAAGUCUCUUAUGAAUAGACAAAAGGUUCUUUGGGACCCUAGAGAAAUUUUUGAAACCGCAAACCUAGUUAAUGAUAUAUUAAUUCAUGGAUUCUUUCAUCUAAUAAGCAUUUAUUAAUGUACAGUUCUUCACAGGCACUCUGAAAGGUUCAAAAGAAAGUUCCUGCCCUCAGGUAGCACAUAAUCCAUUACUUCUCAAUCACACCAUGCCAUCUAUUUAUCAGUCAGAGGUUAAGUAAUUAACCACCUCAUAUUCUUACCAAAGCAUAUCUGCAGUUCUGCUUAUCUGGCAAACUGGAAAAUGUUUAAAAAGAUGCUCAGUCUUUGGUCCAUGCCAGCAUGAAAGAACUCCAAGCACAUUUUAGUAGGUUGGUCUUUUCAUCAUGCAUCAUUUUUUAAUUCAUAAUCAGGCUUUAGUUUGAGAAGGAGACUAGUGUAGAAUAUCCUUAGUAAGAUAAAUUACAACAACAACGACAAAAAGUUAGCUCUAUUGCCCAAAGUGGAUCAAUGAGAAAGUCUUUUUAAAGAAAAGUUUCUUUUCACUAUAAACAGAAAAGAUAAAUGUAUAUUUCAUCUACCCACUUUAUAGAUUGUGCUGACCCAGUCAUUUUCACAUUUACAGCCUUUAAGCAUCUCAUUUGCUGAAAGUCCUUACAUGUGGUAGAUGGACUGUUGCUCCAUCUGAGAGAUCAAAAUAAUGAAGAUAUUUAAAACUUAGCAAAUUUCCACUUAUUCUAGAACACUCGGACAUUCAAACUCAGUAGAAAGGGCACCUUAAAAAAAUAAGAGCAGUUGUGUGAAUUUUUCCAUAUUUUCCUUCAGUAACAGUCCCUUUCUAUCCAGCUUGCCUUCCAUCUAUCACUAGAGGCAGCCUUUCAGGCAACAUCCUUUGUCAUGCCCGGAAAGGCCCUGAGAGGUCAGUGAUAGGAAUGGCAUAGGGAACACAGUCUCAUGGGCUCCUUUCCCUUGGUUUUCAGCAUCCUGGAGUUGUGCACACAAAUUAGGUCAUGCCUUCAAUGUCUUGGUCUUUACUUUAAACCUACCCUUUGACAAUCAGGUGCUAAUGAUUGUAUACUAUUGGAACCAGCACAUAAGUAUUGUCAUGUUAAGUGUCUGUUCCUCCUAGGUUGGAAGAAGUGCUUUCCUUCUAUCUCAGUCCUGUUCAGGUGGGUGUCAGUUACAUUUUUUCACCUCUGUUUUGUGAAUUAACAGAAUUUUGAGGAGGAGAAAUGAUUUAAACUAAGUUUUGGGUUUGGCACAAUCAUCAAUCUUGAUGAUACUCUUCACACCUUAAAGCAAAUCUGCCCUAUCAUAAGAACCAAUUUCUGAUUGUUUUUCUCUAGUUAGGACUCCAGUGUUAUGUUUACAGUCUGUUGGGUGGAUUCAGCGUGAUAAGACCUGGGUGCCCAGAGAAUCUGUUUCCCUUGUGGUACCAGACCCAAGGUCCUUUAGAAAAUAAUGUGGCAAACCACUACCUAUAAAGGCCUGUUUUGGCUAAUCUGUGCAAACUUUGAUUAUACCCUCUUGUAUGUAUUCUGUCCUACGCAACUCUCAUUUUUUUAAGUAUUAAGACUUAGAAAGCUAGGAUGACACUUCUACAAAGAAUUAGAAGUAUGUGAUAUUCUAGUGUUUUCCUUCCUUUUGGAACCCUGUAUUUAAACAAGACUUCUUUUUUAAGUGUUGUUUAAAAUUUAGGUCUCAAGUCUUCUGGCAUCACCAGACUACCAAAUCAAAACCCAUGGCAUAAAACAGGGCAGUAUUUGUGUUCGUAAUAAUAAAAAAGCUUUAUGUGUACUCUGUAAGUAUAAUGCAUAGACAACACUUUCCCUUGAGUUGCACAUCAACAUAGAGCAUUGUACAUUACAAUGAAAUUUGCAACUUAAGGGUAUUAUAUAUAUAAAUACAUAUAUACCUUUGUAACCUUUAUACUGUAAAUAAAAGAACUGCUUUUAGACUUGUAUUUUUUUUUCAUUUUU